AUGACAAGUAUACCAAUAUAUCUAACUCUGUGGGUACUCGUGGUGUUUGUUGGCCCCCCUGAUGAGGAUAUUUUAAUGAUCAAAGUGCGAACAAAACACGGGAAAAGCCAGAAAACGUGAAGUUUGAGAUUUGAUUUACUGAAGAUCAAGAUGUGCAAAUGAGAUAGAAAACCUUUAAGGUUAGUCUUAAGAUGUUGAUGUUUUAUUUGUAAAAAUCCCAAACUUGUAUGUGAAGAUGCUCGUGAGAUAAUUAUUUGAUCCGAUGAAAGAAGUUAAUUUAGAACGUGAUCUUAUUUUACUUCAACUUUGAAAUAAAAUUGCGUUAAGUUCGAGGUGGCCCCCAAGCUUCAAAUCACUUCAGAUAACAUCAUCUUUUCUUUCUCUUUGUAGUCACACUGAACACAAGGCUUUAAAAAAUGUUCCAGCUUCAGGAUUAAGUUGCUCUUACUACAGCCUUCGGCGAAUUCGUUUUUGGGAGGUUGAGGUGGAUUUUCCAAGUCAUGGCUCACAACUGUCUUUGGCCCUUUUGCUCUCCAAGUCUGUUGAACAUGGUAGGUAGGCAUGUGUCUUAGCACCGGUUAUAGUUUGGUUUUCAUCAACACCGGCUUAAGCUUAUUUUUUCCUGAGUUUUAGAGGGAAUUUUUUCAAUUGCCCUUUUGGGCUUCAGGUGCUAAAUGGAGAAAAAACUUCGAUAGAACUUAUUUAUCUCACUCGCCCCCAAAGCCCUCACCACUGUCAGUUAAUUGUUUAUUUAUUUGGCUUUCGGUCAAACUAGUCCAAUUACCCCCCAAAAAAUGCGUGGACUCUUCCUCACGAGCUUAAACAGGUGACGCUUUCUUCAUGUUCAUGUGUUUUACGAUACGAAUGACGUCGGCGUUAUUCUGUCAUGCUUAUUUCUGAAGAAUGCUUCUGCCUUGCAAAAUUAAUUUUAAGUCAAAGUUCAAGACGAAGCUUACAAACUAACUUAAUCGAACUUGCUGUGUUACGACAAAUGGCCAAGUACUCAAUUAUAAUAAUCCUGCUUGUUCUGUUUCUAAUGUCUAAUUGAACCUUUUUCAAAAUUUAUUUCAGCUUUAAAACUGCUAUGUUUGAACCUAGUAAUCCAUUCUUCCAGUCUCACAUAACCAUCCUUUCUAGAUAUUUGACAAAGUGGCUGAUAUUUGCAGAGGAACUGGUCACAAUAAUGCCCCCCUGGAGACCAUGUGUGUGACUUUAAAAAAGACAAAUACUUGUUUGAUUAAAAUAAAGUACCAUUGACUUGUCUGGUGGCACAAUCAAUACAGCUGUAAAUGAUGGAUGCUUAUGAUGGUGUUGCAUGAAGUGGUCUUCAAGGUCUCUCACAGUAAAGAAACCCAGGUCUGAAGUGAUUUCAAGUUUUUUCAAAUGUUUAUCAUUUUUUCCAUGCUAAAGGACUUGUCUGACUUCCAAAUUUGGUUGCUGAACUGGCAGGUUGAAAGAGUCAUAUGACUGAUUUGCUUUUAUCAUGACAUUAGUAUACAUAGGUAUAGUAAUGUUGUCAGGUCUUGUAACUGCGUGGGAAUUUGAAGGGUUCCUUCCAGAAAAUCAAGUGCAGCAUGUACUGCAAUUAGAGUGCAGGCAUUACUACCACUAGGUCUUCCUCCAAUGGAGCACUGGCAAAUGUAUAAGGGCAGUAGCCUCUUAGUUAGGUCAAGAUGUUUGUGCAAUAAUGACAUUUAUGCAAAGAGUGGUCUGAGAAUCUGGUGUUGGUAAUGAAGCUGACUGGUUGUUGCAAGUACUCUGAUUACUCUCAUGCUGGUUUGCUGUGUGCCAUGAACAAGGGCAAUUUGAGCAACUAAUGUCAUCACUGACUGUGCAUGUACCAUUUUCACAGAAAUAACAUUUGACCUGUGCAUUGUUAAGCCUCUUUUACUUUUUUUGUAGAAACUCCUUACACAGUGGACAUGAAGUCGAUCCAUUGAGGCAAAUAUCAUGGAAUGAGUGAAAACAACCAUGCAGAGGGUUCGAUUCUCAUCAUGGCUGUAAAUGUUACAGAGAG